AUGGCUGCUACCUUGCUGCUAGGUCAAGAGGUGCCCACGGACACCAAGCAGCUAGGGCAAGAGCCAGUGCCUUCCCUGGCACCCACAGGCACCACGCAGAAGGAGUCGCCGCCUUCACUGGCGCCAGCUGGCAGGAGGAAGCAGACCAAGAAGGAGAUCAGUCGCUGCCUCUUCCCUGAGACCACAGACAGUGCGCCAAACGCAGUGGCUCCAGAGAAUCCAGGGCGGGCAGUGGCAGAAGGCCCUGCACGUGCGGUCAUGAAGAGGCCAGCAGGGGCAGGAAACUCUGCGCCGGAGAAGGACGCCAAGAAGAAGACAAAGAAGACCACAGACCAGGUCCUUGACGCCGCCAUCGAGCCUGUGAGCGACAAGGAAGUGGAUGGCGUGAAGCAUGGCCCAGAGCCGCCGCCAGGUCUGAUGCCCGCCAACUUGCCAGCAACGUUUGGCCGCAAGGCGCCAACAAGCCCUGGCUUGGCACUCAUUUGGACAACCUUGCGUGUGGUGUGGUACACACACUGCCCAGCUGAGUCUCGCUCAGAGGGUUUGGCGCGGUCUUUGUAUGCCCAUGUGAAGAAGACUGUGCCCAAGACCCCUGAAGUCCUGGAGAUUGAAGCUGCUGCCCACAAAUACCUCAUGGAGCACGUCUCGAAGAAGAACUGGUGA